AUGAGUUUUGCACACCAGACCCUCUACGAGCUCUCGCAAUUGACCCCCGGCACUCCCGAGUGCUCCGACAAACUCAACACUUUUCUCUCCCGGGAUGUACCCGCUCAUAUCAACGCCCGGGUCGCCACCGAGGUCACCACCGAGGUCGACAGACAGCUCAAAGAAAAGGGAAGGGAAGAGGAGGAGGAAGAAGAUGAGUCCACACCCAGGUGGAUCCGCAGGGUGGCCGGUGUGAGAGGCCACACCUUCCAGAGUGGACGGCGAUCAAAGGCUUUCCCAACGGUCUGCGGGGUCUGGAUCUCCUUCGUCGCCGACCUCUUGUUACUGCUCAUAUUGCCCUCGGCUCUGUCAAUCUUGUUCUUUCUCAAUGUCCUCGAUCAUAUACUGCUGUCCCUUCUUAUCAUCGCUGGACUCGUCUUCCUUGGUUUUUGGCGGAGGUCACACCGCCGGAGCGAGCUUGAGGGCGAAAUCGAUGUCCUCGAGGAACUCCGGCGCCAGGGGAUCUUUCACCAGAGGCUUCGACUACUGUGGAGGGCACGUGGGCUGCGUGAGAUUUUCCCGGGUCUGGCUACCCUGGUUGUUGGGCUUUUUGCCUCUAGGGCAUACGGGCUGGUCCCGGAUAAUUGGAAAGACGCCUUCCAAAAGGUUGUCGACGACGCUGCGGACGCUGCAGGAUCAUCGUUCUCGCCGUCUUUGCCCUUGAAGGGUUCGUCCAAGGCCAAAUAA